UUUUUUUUUUUUUUUUUUUCUCUUACUCUCCUUGCACGUCCAAUCAACAGCAUGAGGAACAGCGGGGAAUCAAACCAACUUGUACUACGAUGGACACGAAUGGACCUUCUUUAUCUCUUAUCUCAGAAUGGCGUCUCUUAGCCAUUUAGGAGGGGGUGGCUAGGCAUAGGCCGGCCUCAAUGAUCACAAUGAUGGAUGACUGGACAUCGCAUGGAUCAACGGUACACAACAAAACGCAAAUGAACCUGGGGAAUUUCUCUUUACAAGUCUUAGAAAAAAGGGGAAAAGUCGAGGGCAACCUUCGCUUUUUCUUUCAGGAUCUUGUCGGAGAGCUUGAAUGCACGGGAAACAAAGCAUACACGGAUCGGAAAGGUAUUGGUCGGCCAGUGGUGGUGGAGGUGGUUUUGAGCGUGAGGAGUGGAAUGGCAUCUGUACUGAUAUAUAACGGACGGCAGCGGUCUGGGACUUUUCCACAGGAUCCAGGAGUAGGCAGGCUGGGGUGGGUGGCGGUUCUGAAAAGUGGCGUUGGAUUUCGGUUUUGGCUUUCGACAAAUUCUUUUUUUUUUUGCGCUUUCCCCUCUCUCGAGACCCCAAUUCUUCUUCGUCUUUCUGCAAGUCCGUCUUCGCCUCUAUCCGGCUUGCAACUUGGGUUGGAAGCAACAGCGGAGAGGGACAAGCAAGUAUGGCAGGAUAACGGAUGGGGGUGAUGGGUGAUAAAGAGAGAGAGAGAGAGGGGGUUGGCGAGGGGUUGUGGAACGCCCAAACUUUCCUUACUUGUUGACAACGAUUUCUUUGCGCUUCUUUCACCUGUUCUCUCGGCAAACAAAAGGCUUCG